GUGACCCGCGCGGUGACGCGACAAGCCGGUGACGUCAUCCCGGCGCCAAAUUUCAGACGGUUGGAAUGCGCGGGAGUGGCUGGAGCGGAGUGAGUUGAGCACUCAAAAUGAAUCAAAACAGAGCCAGUGAAGCAAGCAGAUAUGGAUUUGCUACACCUCAGAGUGUGUCAAGGAAUGCAUGGCUUGGUUUAGGAACUUCCGAGGGAAGAACCAGCUUCUUUGGAAGAAGGACAAGCAGCAUUGGAACAUUUUCUACAGAUUUAUACGGUGCCUGUGGAGGCACGGAGAAAAUAAAAGAUCCCAGACCACUUCAUGAUAAGGCCUUUGUACAGCAAUGUAUUCGGCAACUUUGUGAGUUUCUAGGGGACAAUAGUUAUCCACAAUCUAUUUCGGUAAAGAGUUUGCAGUCGCCCACAUCUAAGGAAUUUCUGAAGAUUUUCUCCUUUGUGUACAACUUGAUUGAUCCAUCUUAUGAACUACCUGAUUCAAAGUUUGAGGAAGAAAUCCCUAGAAUCUUCAAAUCUCUUGGGUAA